UCCACAAUCAUCAUUGUACAAGUCCUUGUGGUUCAUCACAUAACUACUUUGUAUUGAUUCUCUUUGCAAUUACUGAUGACUGCUUUUGCAUGUAACAGAUGGUAAAUAUCGAGUUACAUACUUGUGCUAGUGAGAAUAGAGUUGACAUAUUGAAGUAUUUGCUUGACCAGAAAGGAGUGGGGAAAGAGGAUUUGGAAGCUAAGAAUCUUCAUGGUGAGACGGCAUUGCACGCUGCUGCUAGAAACGGAUGUGAUGAGGCAGUCAAGAUGCUUAUCGACUAUGGUGCCUGCGUAGAAGCAAGAACUAAUAAUUCGAAGACUCCAUUACAUCUUGCAGUUGAUUAUGCAGUGAUAUCCGGACAACUCACCGUCGUGAAAACAUUGUUAGAGUACCAAGUUGAUCGCUCACCGAAAGACAAUAAUGGCUGGACUCCUGUUCGAUCUAUUCUAGAAGCUGGCUUACAAGAUAAAAAAUUGUUGAGACUCGUCUACCAAAACAACGAUAUAAAUCGGAACCCUGUAAAUGAAAUUAACAAAAAAAGGGGCUCCGAAAAUUUGGAAGAGCCAAAUGAGAACCCUGUGGAUCAAGUUAAUAAAAAAAGUUGCUCCGAGGCGAAGAAUGAUGGGAGUGGAAUAAAAGGAAAGAUGGAUGAUUUUGAAGAUGAGCUAUCAAAUAUAGUAGGAUUGCAUGAGCUCAAACUGCAGUUCACGACAUGGGCAAAGGGAUUUCUCAUGGAUGAGAAGCGUCGAGCGGUGGGGAUGAAACUCGGACCGAGAAAACAACCUCACAUGGUAUUUCUCGGAAAUCCCGGGACAGGUAAGACAACCGUAGCUCGGAUUUUAGGCAAACUACUCAAAUCUGUUGGUGUUUUGUCGUCUGAUAAAGUGAUAGAAGUACAAAGAACCGAUUUGGUAGGAGAGCACAUUGGUCAAACGGGGCCCAAGGCUAGAAAAAAAAUUGAAGAAGCCAUGGGGUCCACUUUGUUCGUGGAUGAAGCGUACCGUUUAGUACCUACGAAGGAGACAAGUGGCCACAAAGACUUUGGAGUGGAAGCGUUGGAAGAGAUCAUGUCCGUGCUGGAAGAUGGGAAUAUUGUGGUUGUUUUUGCAGGCUAUACCGAGCCGAUGAAGCGUGUGUUCUCUUCGAACGAGGGAUUCUGCAGAAGAGUGACUCACUUCUUCCAAUUUGAUGAUUUUACAUGCAAAUACCUCGCGGAGAUGCUUAUGCUAAAGAUGAGCAAGCAAAACGAGAAGAGCAGGUUGUACGGAUUUAAGCUCCAUCCGUCGUGUACCUGUGACGCCGUUCUACAAGUGAUAGAGAACAACUCCUCGGAGAAGCUGCGGAAUAAAAUGAACGGAGGUUUGGUGGAUCAUAUGCUGAACAAUGCUAGAGAAAAUCUUGAUUUGAGGCUGAAUUUUGACUCUCAAGGGGAUGAACUGUGCACAAUCACGUUAACUGAUUUGGAGGCUGGACUUAGAAAGUUAUCACGUACGGCCGAAUGUCGGCUGAAAGAGACAAGAACUAAUGGAGAUGGCUAGGUUAUACACUAAACUCCCUCACUAUCACUUGGGAAAGAUUUGGGAAGCUCUGAUCCACAUUUAUGGUGUCGACGCAAAUAAAGGAUAUAUAAUUUAGGUCCUUAGCCGCAGGGCCGGUCCUAGGGUCCCGGAAGCCCUAGGCGAAAAUGAGAGGCCCCCUUAACCACCAACUUUAUUCUUCUGACUUAUCAACUCGUUUCUUGACUACAAGUUCACAACUUCAUCUUCGAAAUA